CAGUAUAAGCAGAAAUAGCGGCAGCCCCAGCGGCAACGUAAGUUAAAUUCUUAUCAAGACUGUAAACUAGUGCAGAAAUGUCGCAUGCUGAUAACACGCAAACUAAACCGGCAAUAGCCAGUGAACCACCUAAGGCGUGUAAGGGCUGUAGUGGCUUACAGCCACGCCCCAAACUUAUCGACUUGGAGGAUCUGGACAAAAUUGCUCUGGAGACACUCAUACGCAAAGCGAGCAUCGCUCAGCAAAUGUUAACGGAUCUGAUGGAGCAGCUAACUAAGGUGCAGGCGAAUAAGCGAUUAAAUCAAACUGAUUUCUUUAUUUAAUUCUUCGAUUCAAGAGAAAGGUAAGAAUUUGAAGAACUAAAUGAAUCGAUACGAUUAACAGCACCUGGACAAGGCCUGAUUUCAUUUUAAAUUGUGUGAAUCGUUUUAUUUACAAAUAAUAAAAUCU